AUGAGCCAGAAAUGUUCAAGAUCAGACCGCGAUAGACAUAAGCCUCCCAUAAAAUACGAUUCGAUGAGGUUUGUCGACAGUUCUAAUCCAGGUUCCAGUCCCGCCAGAGUAGAUAAUCCACCUGUGAAAUACGACUCUAUCAGGGUUCCAAUCGACAGGAAUAGUCUCGGGGGCUCAAGAAAAGAUUAUUCUCGCUCUGGGUCUGGGUCAUGGAGACGACCUUUCCGGUGGAUUCUCUCGGGUUCCCAAAUCAAGCGCUCGGGCUCAACGGCCAGCUCCAUCGAUUGGGAGUCCCCGUCCCAGAGCGGGGGAUUCCAGGUCCCAAUCCCAAAACCCUACGCGAGUCCAGAUGGGAAAAUGCUCAAACAUCUAAAUUCCUGGCAUUGGAAGAGCCUCGAGCAACUGCAGAUCAGCUUCGGGGAUGUCGUCGUCUGCCACCUCGUCAAAAAAAAAACCCUCGAGUGGCGGAAGUUUCAUUGGCUCUUGGCAACCAACGAAGACAGUCUCGUCCAUGUCUAUCCGAGAGAUGACAAUAAUCACGGCGUUAUCGGUGAAAGUAAAAAAUCGGAAAUUAGCGAUAAAUUCAUGAGAUGUGAUAUCGACAGCUGUAAAAAUCUUGGAAAUGGAGGUACGUAGACAGUCGAAAUCCCGCAUUAAGUUAUGUUAUCUUAUAAUUUCUAACUAUUGGAAAAAAAACCAUGCCGAUUUUCAGGUGUGAGGUGCUAUCUCUGU